AUGGUUGCGACCUUCUCACCUCAUCGGGACUCCGGAGGCACCCUCCAUCUCUCCUCUCACUCGCCCCUCCAUCACGUCGAUGCCAGUUCCGCCAUUCGACAGCUUCGGCGCUCGUUGUCGCGCUCGCCUUCCAAGAGCUCCAACUUCUUCCUCAACUCGCGCACUCACUCACCAUCCAAGCCCACACCGUUCGUGUCGUCACCGCUGUCGCCCUCGCGGCGGUCCUCUCACAACAGCUUUGUCCUCUUCCCUUCGACUGGCCAGCCAUCACCGCUGGCAGUCCCGUAUCCUCCCAGCGCAAAGAUCACUCGUCCGGUCAUGCGGCGACGAACGUCUCCACGCAGUCCGGCCAAAUGCGCUCUCGCCGUGUCCGCUGAUGGAGGCAACUCAGUUUCAUCUCAGCCCAUUUCCAUCGCGCCAGGUGAGGAGAAUGCCUUGACAUUGGAUGAUUUGGCCGAUUCAAGUGAGAGCAACUCGUGCGCCAGUCCGUGUCUCAGCACCACACCAACUGGCCCUCUUCCCGAAUCAACACUUGCGCCUCGCCCGACUUUGUCGCGCAUUGAGAAGCGUCGCAGUGGCACCUUUGGUUCCUUUGCAACGGUAAGUCCGUUGAAGCGUAGUGACGGCAUCAUGAAUCUGGACCAAGCGUCUCGUGGCAGCCCCUCGGCCAAGCGACGCAGUGUUCAUGCCUCGAACUUUGCGACGGAGUUUAGCAUCUUUGACCAUGAAAGUGACACUGCGCCUGCAAGUCCCGCUGGACAUGGUGAUGAAGCUACCUCUUACUUCCCAACUCCAACUCAACCUCACAAUCCGUUCGCAACCAUCCCCAAGCGAUCUUCCUCACUUCGGCGAUCGACUCUUCAGCAACGCCAAGUAGAGCGCCCUCUCUUUGGUCGGUCCAGGGCUCUGGGUGACGGUGAGGCCUCACCUGGUACCCCGCUGGCAGUUCGACCUCGCAUGUCCUUUGACAGCGGGCUUUUCCAGUCGGGUCAAGACUCUUCCAACUUCUUUUCUCCUCGCCCUCCUCCUCCUGCCAGUCCUCUCUUCUCACCCAACCCUCCCCCCGUCAACACAGCCAUGAACUCCAACCCUUCAAACCUUGGAACUUCCCAACCUCCUCGCCCUUCUGCUCACCCUCUCUCCCGCACCAUCACUCAGUCUUCCUCUGGGUCAAGUCUGGGAGACUCCCCCACUCACGAACCCCUGCACAAGCCUGAGCGAGCCCCGCGGCCCAUCAUGAACUUCUCCAAGUCGCUCCCAGCUGGUGCCACGCGUCCUGCGCCGGUACGCCGGGUGACUCGUGAAGAGUCGACCUCAAAUGAGUCCUUCGCGACACCCGAGAACUACAAGCUGGUGAAGCCUCUGCCUGCUGCUUUCAUGUCAACUGGGUUGAUCUCGAAGAAGAACCGCAACGCUGAUGACAUGCACGGCGGUGGUUUCAACAAGAACAUGCCGGAUACCCCGUGCAAGCGUCCUGUUAACCUGUUCACGGCUGGCGUGGAUUCUCCUAUCCCCGAGGGAUUCUUCAAGAAGUCGCAGUUUGGUCGACAGCCUGAGGUGGCGCCUGCAUCCCCAUUCAACCCACCUGACUCGUCUGCUCGCCCCAAGCCGGGUCCAUUUGCUCGUGGCAUGGGCAUCUUUGGCAACGGUUUCUCGCGUCCCGAAGCAUCGCGUCGAGGAAGCGUUGUCAGCAUCGAUGGUGACGACAUGCUACAGGCCCAGUCCCCCUCUUCACGCCAUGAUAGCCAGCCGAUGACCGACUCCGAUCUCCCUCCCACUCCCACCAAACAAACCUUCCUCCCCUCUCGCACGUAUCCUCCCCCCACCUCUCAGAUCGCCUCUCUGGAGCGUCUGUCAGAGACGAGGAACAGCGGCACUUCGACUCCCCUGCGUGACCGAUUCUUGCAGGCCUCCACUACCCCUCGCACCCCUCGCGACCAGUACUUCCCUCCCGACCCAAGUGGUCUGUCCAUUUCUGUACCAAAUGACCAGCAACCUGUCCCGCCCGACUUUGGUAGCAGCCUCAACCUCCCUGCUACUCCCACUGGUCCUCGCGAGUCUUUCCUCUCGAGCAAGCGACCUAGCCUCCAGCUUAGCGGGUAUGAGGCUCCGAAUGUCGACUCUAGCUUGACCUCUCGCUUCGGAAAGGUUGAGCUCAUCGGCACUGGUGAGUUCUCACAGGUCUUCCGAGUUUCUGGGCCACGCAACACAUCUUUCAGUUCUGUGUUCUCUCUGCCAUCCAAUGGGUGCCAAUCACCCACGGAUGUGGCCCACCAGGUGUGGGCUGUGAAGAAGAGCAAGCAGCCCUACACGGGAUUGAAGGAUCGUGAGCGUCGCAUUCGCGAGGUGGAUAUCCUGAAGGCGCUGGUCAACUCGGACCACGUCGUUAACUUGAUGGAUAGCUGGGAGUAUCACCGCCACUUGUACAUUCAGACUGAGUAUUGCGAGGAGGGUAGCCUGGAUGUUUUCCUCGCUCAGGCUGGCCUUAAGGCUCGCAUUGAUGACUUCCGCAUCUGGAAGAUCCUCCUCGAACUCUCUUUGGGAUUGAAGCACAUCCAUGACAAGGGCUUCAUUCAUCUUGAUCUGAAGCCUGCCAAUAUUUUAGUCACUUUCGAAGGUGUCCUGAAGAUUGGUGACUUUGGUAUGGCCACCCGCUGGCCUGCCGAGAAUGGCUUCGAGGGCGAGGGUGACCGUGAAUACAUUGGACCCGAGAUCCUGAUGGGCCGGUUCGACAAGCCUGCCGACAUCUUCUCCCUCGGUCUGAUUAUGUUUGAGAUUGCCGGUAAUGUGGAGCUCCCCGACAAUGGAGUGUCUUGGCAGAAGCUUCGCAACGGCGACAUGAGCGAUGUGCCCAGCCUUACCUGGAGCUCGGAAACUAGUAUAUUCCGCGAUGCUUCGGGCAAUCCUAUCUCUGAAGAGCAGUCCUUUGACGAGCUUUGUGCAUCUGAGCUCGGUGGCCACGACUUUGGUGACGAUUUCCUGGGUGUGCGCAAGGUCAACCCGCGCAAGUCAUGCCGAGCUGCUCGCAGCGGCGAGCUCGUCCACCCUCCCAACUUUAUGAUCGAUGCUCGCCAUGAUCAAGCCUUGGACAAGAUUGUUCGCUGGAUGAUCUCUCCCGAUCCACUUGAUCGGCCCACUGCCGAUCAGAUUCUGGAAAACUACGGUGUACAGUUCGUGAACCGCCGCCGGCGCGCCGGCGCUACCGUCUUCGAGGGUAACUGGGGCCCCGCUGACGAGAUCUUGGCCGAAGAUGCCGAGAUGAUCGAUGUGUAA